UGGCUACGGGGCUGUCGGGGAAGGCCUGCGCCCAGUAGUACUCGAGUCGCGGGAACGCGUCGACGUCUGACUAAAAACAGACGUCAAAGAAAAAAGAAUUUUCAAAAAUAUACGUUUUUUAAACCCAGAACAUAAUGAUAUAGUGAUAAAAGACUAAAGUGUUUUUCAAAAUAUUGUUUUCUUCGUCGUGUUUUGUUUUAAAUGGAUGUUUAAGUAGCCAAGCCUCAUUAAAGCUUUAUCAGUCAACCAGCAGAUAUGUAAAUAAAUAUUGAAAAAUACAAAAACGUUCAAAGACUGAAAUGGGAUAUAAAAUGAUAUGACACAAGCGAGCUGAGACAGCGCUAUGGUCGCCCGUAGCGCUCCCACACCAUGACAGACGAAGAAAUUGUACCCCCAACCUUCGCUGAGAAACUUCUAUUUUACACAACAGCAACUUUCGUUCUACUGGGAACAUUCAGCCUGUUUGCGUUCCUCUUCCUCGUGCCAUUCGUCAUAGAACCAGCCUUUACUACAAUAUUCAUGCAAUUCGAUCCAGUCGCAGCACUAUGCGUCACGACAGGAGUGCAGCAUCUCGUUGGCGCCAGCAACUGCUCCUGGGCAUCUUGCAGGGAGGGCUGCACCAAAGAUCUGUUUGAGUGUACUCAAAUUCGCGUCAACUACAAAUUGGGAAUAUACCCCAAUGUUACUCCAACUGACAUGGAGACAUUAAUCAGGGCCGAAAGGGCAUUAAGGAAGGACUAUGAAUACGAGAACUAUGAAGUAACAGCUGAUAAAUCGUAUCCAGAAAUGUUAGACGACGAGCUACCAGAUGCGUUACCAACGGGAUUGCAAGGAAACGACUCAGAAUGGUAUUUCACAGGUGCGAGACUGUUCCCGAAUGUUAAAGGCUGUGGAUAUCCGCCUAUCUUGAACUGCACGGUCUUUUACGCGAAGCACAAACCAAUUGGCAACAACUACACUUGCUACUACAGCCGUGUUGACCCAGGAUUGGUCAUCACCGAACUCGACAUGUGGCAGAAUACAUUAAACCUGGUGUAUGCCAUGGCAAUACCGAUACCGUCAUUCAUAAUUUCGGUGAUAUAUUUGACAUUUGCGUACUUUAAGAUAUAUAAUACUGAGGAAGAGUCUGAGCAAGCGCCAUUGAAGAGUGAUGCUGAAGCAAUGGCGACGGGUGAUGAUGAGAAGCCAACGACCCCAGGGUCCGAUACGUUCAGGGAGGAUCUGGCGUGUUUCGGACAUCAGCUGAAGAUGCAACUGGCUAACGAGAAGCCUAAGGAAGGCUUUGAAUCCAAUAGUCCGCCAAUUUCCAAUUCUGCUUCUUUGUCUGGGACCAAGUCAUCGUUCGUGAACGCCUAACGUGACUAACAUCAAUAUAAUACAGAGAUGACAGGAUUCCUGAAGAGGCGGCUUCGGUUACAGAGUGCAUCACGAGAUGAGCUGAACACUAUAAACGAACUAUUUAUGAUCUAUAUUGUGCUCGACAUAAUGUGAUUUUACCACGCUUGAGUAUUGCUGUUCCCCUCAUUCUAUUCUGUAAGAGUGCAAGAGCGAGAAGGUAGGAUAGACACAGUAUGAAAGCACGACUUUGAAAAGGUCGAAAACGGGCGAAAGAUUUUUUUUAUAACGCGUUGUGAAAUAAAAAAGUAAUACUGAAUAUUUUGGCGGUGAUAUCUUCUGCUUUUUAUUGAUGAUUAAAAUUAUUUAUGAUGAAAUUGUUACCAACUUAACUUUUCGAAUAAAUUAAUACCUUCAUGAUGACAAUAAUUGUUUCUAUCCAAAAAAGUUAUUUUUUGAGCAUUAAACUUGAAUAAAAUUACAUUGUUUAUUAAUUAAUAUUAUUAAUUUUUAAUAAUUUUUGAGACUACCUUCCUCGGAGAAUUAUUGCUCAAUACAGAAGGGUUUUUAAAAGGCAGAAGAUAUUAUCGCAAAAAACAUUUAUAUAUUAGUAAUAAAAGAAUUUUAUCUCCUAAUAGUAAUUAUAAAUAAGGUUUUAAUGCUCGUACGCUAAUGUGUCAAAAUGCACGCGUGCUGUUAAAAUAUAUUGAAAAUAUAAAAGUAUUGUAUAUUAUAAAAGGUAUAUAUAAAAAAAGCAAGCUGUUCAAGAAUAGUGAAAUAAUUUUAUGAAAUUGUUGAUUUUGAGAUACAUUAGUCACGACAAAAACAAGUCGAGGAAUAGAAAAUAUUUAGAAAGAAAAAAAGUAUAUUGAAAGAAAAACAAUAUGUUUAAAUACAUCGACUAAUAAUUAUAAAAUAGAGUUAUCCCAUCAGUACAAUUCAUUGAUAUCAUUUUAGUUGAUAAGCUAAAUUAGUUUAUUUGGAAGUAAUGAUGCACUUUAUAUUUUGAAUAGCCGUUUAGUUAGCUGAAUUACCCGAUGUUUGACUGAAGGAUAUUUUUUUUCAAAAAUAUAAGUCUCGAUUAAAAUUAGGUGAAACGUAUAUGUAAAUCGAUCAUACAUAAAUUGAGAUUAUCGAAUUCCUUGCCACGCGCUACGCGGUAUCGAUUCUCCGUCCCGUGCCUCGACUAUUCAAAAAUUCAUUAACACUGUCCAUGCCGAUCCGAACCGACAUUGUACCAUUAAACUACCACAAAUAGAAUACAUUAAACAAUUAUAACGAAAUUAGUUCCACUAUUUCACCACACUGUUUAAUUUUUACCGAAGUUUUCAGCCCGAUAUUUAUAACACGGAAAAUUUCGAAGUACCUUUUCAUAUGGCCAACGGUUGUAAGAAAAGCAUAAGAUUUUUUCGAAAACAUAUACCUACCAUGAACAAAAAAAAAAACAAAAAAAGGCUUGUGAAUAUUGCGUAAAUUCUAGAUUAAUAACGCCAGUCGAGUUCCAUUUUCUUCAAUUCUGAUACUUUAUUACUUCUGUAAAUAUUUUUUUCCAGCUGAGAGCCACUUUUGAAAUUUUUACCUAUUAUUUUAGAUGUCUUUGCGUCCCAGGCCUAUUGCCAGGAUCCAGUUUGUGAAGAGGAAAUUGAUCAGGUUACAUCAAAAAUAAAAGAUAAUUUCCUCAAACAAAAUAAUUGUUUUUUAUAAUUUAUUUUUGUUUUAUAUAAAAUAUUUGGAUAAAUUCACGUAGACUGGAUGAGUAUUGAGUAUGUUAGAUAUCGCUAAAAUCUACGCACAUUGUCUAGUAUAUUAAAUUCGAUGAAUAUAUCAUAAGUGUUUGUUUGAAAUCCGAUAGUAAGAUACGCCUUUAUAGUUUUACUAUAUGUUGUGUGGUGGUUUUUCCCGAAUAAAAUAUAAAUAAAAUUGUAAAAACAAAAAAACAAUUUAUUGUCGAGGGAAUAAAUUAAACCCAUUGUAUUAUUUUAAUAAAUAACAAAAAUGGUAAUAUAAUAAUUAUAAAUAGCAGCUAUAAAUAUAAAAAUCCUAAAUUAUUUUCACGAAUUAUAAUGUUUUUGUCAAUUGAAAUUGCAAUUGUUUUUACAGAUAAAUAACUACGGUGAUCUGUUAAAACCAAUGUACUUUUGUAUUUGUGUAUUUUUAAAGAACCUUUUUUAUGAUAUUGAUGUUACAUACAAAAUAAAAAUACAUUUACCUACAUGGAAAAUAAUUAUCUCAAUAAAAUAAUUGUAAUAUAACUAUAGUUAGCGCAAAAGCAAUUGGUAAAAUAUAUCACAAAAUGUAAACGGAGGUCAAAUUAUUUUUUAGCUCUAAUUUUUUGCGUUUCCCUUGUGAACGUCAGAAUUUCGGUUGUGUAUAGUUUUUUAGUAAUUUUAGUAAUAACAAUAUGUACGUAUUUUUAAUAAUUCCAAUGAUAUUGUUGUAUUGCAAUUGUAUGUAAAAUGCUUUAAUGUGAUCGUAAUAUACAUAAUUAAGGCACCUUCGUAUAGGUUUUCACGUCGAUGCCAUUCUUCCAAUUACUGUAAACUUGAGGUUAUAUUUCUGUAUUAAUUUUGGAAAAGAUUAACAUUGCAUAUUUGAACGUUCAACGACAUAAAUAUAUCUGUCACGUUUAUUGUUGAGUUAAAAUACAUAAUUAUUAUUGAAAAUAAUUAUUCGAAUAACAAUGUAAUUAUUAUACGAAUAAGAAAUAUGACCUCGCCUCAUUAUACUUCUCAUAAAUAUAACACGUCUACGACACUUUUGUAACACUCUUACACUAUCAUAAUUACUUUCGAAUAUUUUUCCGUAUACCAACGCCUGUCUUUAAAUUCGAGCAAAAAUAAUUUUAUCACAAAAAUGUUGAUAAAAUGAAAACGCUCGAUUUUUUGUGUAUUUUGUUAAACUGUUUAAUGGAGCGAUCGCUAUUUCAAUGCUUUUUGGCUUGAAACAAAAUACUUAUAUGUAUAUAAGAAUGAUAUAUUAAUAAUAAACAUUAUCAUCAAUCUAUCGACACAAAUGUAGUCGAUAACAGAAUAGAUGAAGUCCACCUAGAGGUAUUUUGUAAAAAAAACAAUGAGAUUGGUUUCAAAAAUUUAGAUAUUUGUAAAAGAAUUAGGACUUAAGAGCAUAACUAAUUGUAGUUACGCGUUUAAGCUGGUUACACACACUAAGAACCUAUUAGUUAAAAAACUAAACACAGAAAUAAAAUCUAACAAUAAAGUAGCCGUUAUUUUGAAAAUAAGUUUAUGUAACGUUUUUUUUUAUUAAAGGAUUUAAUUUUGAUAUUAUACCUGUUAAAAUGAUAUUAUAGUUCAAUGUUAUAGUUACUUGCUUGAAAAAAAUACUAGGUAUCACAGUUGUCAAUAUAAAGGUGAUAUAUCAGCGAUCUACAGUAAAAUAUUCAACCCACUGAAAUCAUUAUUCAGAGGCAGUAUUAUUGCAAAGGUUAAUUGUUUCUGGCUAGCCUCCAGAGAACCUUGGAUUUUGUCCAAUUCCAAAGUUUUUAGCGUUUAAUAUGUUACACGAUAAAUUUUGAAAUGGAAGCGAACAAGAAAUUCGAUUUAGUUUCGAAUAAAAAAAAGUUAAACCUUUAUGCGAAUCUUGAUAAAUUAUACCUUUUUUGUGUCAGAAGCAUGUUGACGUAACUCACCUGGAACUGCAUAAAUUAAAUAGGUGCUAUGCGCUAGCCGGUACUGAAAUACCGAACUACUUAAAAACUUAAACGGGUUUCUUUGAAAAUAUAAAUUAUUAAUGCAGUGAACGAGAAUGUGACUUUUGUGUUAUUGGAAUAAUGAGGAUAAUGUAACAAAGCCAUUAUUGUUUAUUCGAAUAAUAAUACCUUUUUUAUUCGAGAUUAUUUUUGGUAUUGUGUGUACCCAGUUUAACAUUUUGAAGUGUGGCGCAAAAUUUUCUUGCUAAAUAAAAUAAAAACUAACAAAUGCGAAAUGUUUGAAUUAUUAAUAUUCAUCGUAAUGUGCGUUUUCAUUCAUUUGGAACUGUUGCCUUAUAACCGUUUUGUACAUAAAGAAAUAAAUAAAAAAUCGUUAGUAGGAAAUAAAGUACACUCAUUGGCUUCAAA